UUACACAUAGCCGAAAUACAUCUCCUCGCAGCGGCCUUCUUCUGAUGCCUUAUCCGUCCCACCGCCAACCCCUUUGCCAGGUAUCAAUAUAGCCACCGCCAUGAUGGUCUUUGAUACUUCUAGGCCUCCCACACAAAAUGGCGGCUCUCGUCCACCGACCUCACGUUUUCUGGAGGGUUCUAUGAACGAUCGAGCAAGCGCUGCACCUCCAGUGCAGUUUCUUGGGCCCGACCAGUUAAAACAAUAUGAGAAGCAAUUCUAUUCCGACCCACCUGCCUCGCCACGGGAAAUGCGUAGGAUGCGUUACCAGCGACCAUUCUCCGAGAGCAGCGUGGCCGAUCAAAUGAGUUCUCCGGAGCAAAUGAGCAAUCAUAGAAAGUCGAAUAGUUUCUUCGGACGGGUGAAGGAUGUCCUAGGGUGGAAUUCUUCUCGCAACAACGGACAGAAGCAGGCAGUUGCGAGGAAACAUAGCAGUCUACAGGAACUGCCUCAACGACUAUCACCAUCACCAUCCCCGCGACCAGAACAUCUCCGAGCUGCUAAAUCCCACUCGGAGAUGUAUAACAUCCCACAACUAGCUAACCUGGGUGGUGGUGGGGGUGGCGGUAAUCGUCCGACCCGAGAGGAUGUCCUGGACUCAUACAAUCAACUGGUAGCCUCUGGCUUCUUUCAAGCUCAUGCCAUUCAAUCUACACGCCAUGCUGGCCCAGCAAACCGUGGCAAUGACCGCCGUUCACCAUUGCCUAUGCCCCCAAUUCCAGGUUCGGCUCCUUGUUCUCCGCUGCCACCUCCGCGUACCUCUUCCAUAGCUGCUGUCUUCCGGUCAAGCUCACCGCAGAGCCCUACCAGCCCCCUGUCUAAAAGUCGACUAGGCAACCGGGGAUGGGCAUCGAAAGAGGAAGUUGAUGGUAGAUCAUCGCCUACCAUAAGCAAUAAGGAUUCUCGCCAUCCACGCCUCCGUGGCCGCAAACGCAGCAGACUAGAUACGGACGAGACGAGCGGUGAGGUAGCAGCAUCAACGUCGUCUUCUUUUGCUGAACCACUUAAGAGGGUGGCAAAGAAGCUACGGAAGAUGCCUUCCUCUAAGGAUUCUCGGCCAACCUCUCCAGAUGGUGUCUUGCAGCUCCCGCAGUCUAAAUCCAUUGGCGGUACCUUGCAUUUUAAGGAGAUAAUGAUACGCAUGCGCUCGCCGUCCCCAGCACCGCCCCAAGUCAUCAUACGAGCUGAACAGCGCCCACGCCGAUCGUUUUCGAACAGUAGCAAAGAAAGCAAUAAGCUGCGUAAGCGACGUAGGUCGGCCCCAGUACGAUCGCGGUCCACGUCGGGAUCUAUAGGAUUUGAGACGUGGGAGAUGGCCGGUGAACGCAUGUCCAUUGACGAGACUCCUCGCAGCUCGAUGGAUGUGAGGGCAGAAUCAAUGCCACCUCCCUCACGAUCACGAGAAGAUACGCCUUUGUGUGUCGUGCCAGAUGCCAACCGUGGCAUCCCCUCGGUACCACGGAUCCCAGAUCGCUACCACUACUACCAUAAGCCGCAAACCGAUGACCAAGAAGGAGAUGAGAACGAAAGUGCGGAUUCCCAUUGGCAGUUUGGGAAUGCCCUAUAAGAGUAUAUCCUUUGCAUUGUGUUCACCUGGAUUCAUUUGCUAGAUGACGGAGUUAAAGAGAUACCAAUAGCACUCAUCGGAUGCCUGGACCUUCUGGAAUUCCUAUACCGUGAUGCAUACUGAUACGAGAGAAAACCAAUUU